AUGGAGUCGUCAGAGGAAAAGGCACCUCCAGCCAGCGGCGAUAGAGCCGCGACACAAGCUCGGGCAGCCUCCGCCGUGUUAUCGGUUCCCAACUCGUCCACGCCUCCUACGGCCACGAACAAGAUGGCUCUGGCGACCUUUGACGGAUCGUUUGCGCCGCUUGUGCGGCCCCAGGACGUGCGGCUGACGCCGUGGUAUCGCAGGAAGGACUAUUACAUGGGACAGUGGUUUGAGCCGGCUCUGUGGAGAUCUGCUAUUGUUGAAUUGAUUGCCACAUGCUGCCAGGUGUUUGUGUCGGGUCAGAUUGCCGCCACUAUCCAGAGCUACGGAACACCGCAGAUUGGCGCGUACAUCGGCAUCUCCAACCUGGUGAUGAUAUCGACUUUUAUCUAUGCGGUGGCACCAGCGUCGGGAGGACACAUCAACCCCACAAUUACUUUUGCAUCCGUAUUGACGGGUCUUUGCCCGGUGCCCAGAGGCAUAUUAUACAUGAUUGGCCAGACCGCCGGUGGUGCCCUGGCCGGAGGAAUCCUCCUAGGCAUCUGGGGUGAAGAACGAGCAAAAGCUGUCCAUGGUGGCGGUUGCUGGUACGACCCAUCUCAGGCCAACCCCGGCCAGAUCUACCUCAACGAGACCUUUGCCUCCUUUGUCCUCCUCUUCCUGGCCUUUGGCGUCGGCCUCGACCCGCGCCAAGCAGCCCUGUUUGGCCCCCGACUGGGCCCCGUGCUGGUCGGCGCGUCGCUGGGGCUGGUGUCUUUUUCCACCAGCGGAAUCAUCCCUGGCUAUGCUGGAGCGCAGAUGAACCCGGCAAAGUGCCUUGGAAACGGAAUCGCGAGGCUGGAUUUGUCAUACCAGUGGAUAUACUGGUUUGGGCCUGCGGUUGGAGGCAUCAUGAUGGGAAUCUUUUAUAACCUUAUUCCACCGCAUCAUGUAGAGUUGUGCAAAUUGAAGAGCCGGGAGAUGAGCAGGCAGAUUACUUCGGAUUCGAUGGCCGAAAGAGCCGAGGCACCAGUCGUUGGAACAGUCUAA